AUGGACGAGGUCAUUGCGGGGCUGGAGAGGUUCACGUUCACCUUGGAGGAGGAUGUAGAGAUGCAGAAGGGCACUGGCCUCCUGCCUUUCCAGGGCAUGGACAAGUCCAGCUCAGCGGUGUGCAACUUCUUCGCGAAAGGGCCCUGUGAGAAAGGGAAGCUGUGCCCAUUCCGGCACGACCACGGGGAGCAGACGGUGGUGUGCAAGCAUUGGCUGCGCGGGUUGUGCAAGAAGGGCGACCAGUGCAAGUUCCUACACCAGUACGACCUCACCAGGAUGCCCGAGUGCUACUUCUUCUCCAAGUUCGGUGAAUGCAGCAACAAGGAAUGUCACUUUCUCCACACGAAGACAGUUUUCAGGACCCGGGACUGUCCUUGGUAUGAUCAAGGUUUCUGCAGAGACGGUCCCCUGUGUAAGUACCACCACAUCCAGAGGCUACUGUGCAUUAACUACUUAGCGGGCUUCUGCCCCAAGGGACCCAAAUGCCAAUAUGCACACCCCAAGAUGAACCUUCCCUUCAGCCCGACGCACGUGGAGCUAAUAACAUGGCCUGCGGGCCACGCCUCACCUUCUGCUGCUACCUGGCAACCCCGAAAGCCCCCUUUCCCGAUGGAGUGUCUGCUUCUCCCCCACCCCCUGCGGCCCCGGGAGCAGCUGGCCUCCUGCUGCCCAGGGCUCAGGGCGCAGGAGCAGGGCCCCAGCUACAGGUGUGAAAAAAUGGGCCAUUAUAUCAUUAACUGCAUGCAGUAGACUGACCGGGUAAGAGCUGUCGGAUGUAACUCCUGGUCUGUCUGGGGGGCUGGAGGAGCUGCCCGUGAGGAGCCCCGUGGCCAUUCUGUGGGCUUGUUCCCAAUGUCCUCGUGGGCCCACGGUUGCCUAA